CGUCCCUGGAGGCACCGCGGGGGGCCAGAGGAAGCGCGCAUGCGUGGCGCCUGCCGCUGUCAUGGAGGCGCUGUGGGCCGCGCUGGACGAGGUGGCCCUGGAGGGGCUGGAUGGCGUCACUCCCGGCGCCCUGUGGGACCGGCUGGCCGGCCGCGUCCCGCCUUUCCCGCUCCCCCUGGAGCCCGCCGCCUGGCAGCUCCUCUGGGCCACGCUCGCGGCGCAUACCGAGCUCCGCUUCUACCUCCUCCCGCAGCCGCGGCCUCCGCUGCACCUCUACGACCGGUAUGAAGAAAUUGAUCUUGAAACAGGAAUACUGGAGACGAAGCGAGAUCCUGUUCCUUUAGAUGACAUUUAUCCUGUGCACAUGAUUUUGGAUGAUGCUGAAGGCAUUCAGGGUUCAUGUCAGUAUUUUAAAGAGAGGGUGGAUAUUACUGAUCAGGUCAGGACAAAAGAUCUGCAGCCUUGUUGCACGUAUACAGAGGCUUAUGAGAACUGGGGAGAGAAACUGGUCAUUGUUGCCUCUCAGAUGCUCCGCCACAGAACGCUAAUAGGCUGGGAAGGGGAUCCAGAUUUAAAACUUCCUGACUUCUCUUACUGCAUGUUGGAGCGGUUGGGGCGUGCUCGAUGGCAGGGAGAGCUGCAAAGAGACCUCAGUGCAGCUUUUAAGGUGGAUGCUGGGAAGCUUCACUAUCACCGAAAAGUGCUGGACAGAAAUGGGCUCAUCACAAUGCAGUCCCACGUGAUCAGGUUGCCAACAGGGGUCCAGCAGCACUCCAUCCUUUUGCUUCUGACCCGCUUCCAUAUUGACAGGAGGAGCAAAUACGAUAUCCUUAUGGAGAAGCUCUCCAGUAUGCUGGGCAGGCGGCCUGGUCACAUGGAAAUGCUGGGAAGCAUAAGGGAGGAACUGGGUCUCUGCGAGAAAACAUUUAAGCGUCUCUAUCAGUAUAUGCUGAAUGCUGGCUUGGGAAAGAUUGUGUCCGUUCCAUUACAGGAUGUUCACCCUGAUGGAGGCCCCUUCAAGACCAAGAAGGGAACUGAUGUUAUGGUUCGUUGUCUGAAGUUAGUGAAGGAGUUUCGGAAGAAGAUGGAUGAUUACCAUGAUGAUGACGAUGAAGAGAUGAUCACCAAAGCCGUGCAGCCUGUGGACAUUGUGUAUGAGAAGGAUAUGCUAACGCAGGCUUAUGAGCUAAUUGAAAGCUGGGGGACCAAAGGCAUUUCUCAGGCUGAACUUCGAGCGGCUAUGAAUGUGGGGAAGCUGGAAGCAAGGAUGCUUUGCCGCCUCUUGGAGAGAUACAAAGCGAUCAAGGGCUUCAUGGAAGAUGAAGGCAGACAACGGACAACCAAAUACAUCACCUGCACAUUUGCAGGAGAGAGUGACCUCAGCCGGCAGUUUGAGCAGGAGAAAGCCCGGAGUGAGCAGCUGGCCAUGGCUGGUGUGUCAGCAGCCCAUGGUGACUCCUUGCCUGGGGAGGAGCUCUCUCCAGCGGAGGAAGAGACUCCACUGCUCUCGGAGUCGGAGCAUGAGGAAGAGGAGAGGGAAGGGGUGAGGCCGAGGAAGUCCAGCCCAGGGUUGCUGGUCAGGUUCAAUUUCCAAGGCGGUGGAGGCAGUCCGUGCCAGUCAACACCAGUGAAAGCCAAGAAAUUGCCAGCUCCAAGGACCCUGGGAAGGAAGAUGUCACCUGUGUGCCCUUCUGAAUACCCAGAAGAACUACCUGAACAAGUGGCAACUGAUGAUUCUGCUUUGGAUGUGCUAAAACAGGAAACUGGUCUCUCAAAUUGUGCCCAUUUUACAGUUGAUGCUGGUGAUAUGGCUCUGGUUGAGGAAGUCAGGCCUGCAACACCCCAAAAAAGUUAUGAUGACAAGAAGAGAGAGAAGCGCUGGCGAGCCUCAGGUGCUGAGCGAUCGCACGAGACUUACCGUCUGCUGAAGCGUCGGAACCUCAUCAUAGAGGCUGUCCGAAACCUUCGCUUGAUUGAAAGUUUGUUUGCGCUUCAGAAGAUGAUAAUGGACCAGGAAAAGCAAGAAGGGGUCUCCACCAAGUGCUGCAAGAAGUCCAUCAUCCGCCUAGUGCAGAAGCUCUCCCAAGAAGGGCUCUUGCGCCUCUACCGCACCACAGUUAUCCAGGAUGGUGUCAGCAGAAAGGUUGAGUUUGUAGUUGACCCCUCGGUAAAUCCCAGCGACCCACUGGUGAAAAGUGCUAUUGAGCAGGUGCGCUUCCGAAUCUCCAACUCAAGCACUGCAAACAGGAUUAAAAUUCCACAGACACCAACAUCCCAGGAGCAUCUGGAUGAAGGAAGCCAGGAGUUUGGAGUUGGGGCUCCCUUGAGGGAAAUGGAGGGCUGCUCCUCCGCCUGCCAGACGGAGGCAGCUGGCAAGCAGGUGCACACUGCCAAAUUCAACUACCACCCUGUUACAGUGCCAGGCCUCGGACGCUCCCUGGGCUUCCUGCCCAAAAUGCCUCGCUUGAAGAUGGCCCACCUCUUCCUCUGGUACUUGGUUUAUGGCCAUCCUCUAAAUGGCCUGCAGAGCAGGACAAGCUGCAGCAGUGAGCCAGUGGGCAGCCUGCAGGACCUUGAUGUGAGCUUGCCUGGCGUGAUGGAAGACGAGGAGCCCGCAAUGGCAUGCGUGGGGAACCCCCCCGUCCCUGCUGCUCAGGAAGCAGACAAGGAGCUUGGGGAUCCGGCAGUGUACGUGGAGGAUGCCUCAUGGAUGCGCCACAUCCCUCCUCUCCCAAUCCACAGGGAGUUUGGCCAUGGAUGGGCUCUUGUGAGCGACAUCCUUCUCUGUCUGCCGCUGUCCAUCUUUGUCCAGAUAGUGCAAGUCAGCUACCAGGUAGAUAACCUGGAAGAUUAUUUAAAUGAUUCCCUGAAGAAACACACACUAAUCAGGUAUCUUCCAAGAUCAAUUCGACAGAAGCUGCUUUACAAGAGGCGAUACAUCUUUUCGGUAGUGGAAAGCCUACAGCGACUAUGCUACAUGGGGCUGGUUCAGUUUGGCCCCACAGAAAAAUUUCAGGAAAAAGACCAGGUGUUUGUCUAUCUGAAGAAAAAUGCCGUGAUCGUGGAUACCACUGUCUGUGAGCCCCACUAUAACCUGGCUCAAAGCAGCCGCCCGUUUGACAGGCGCUUGUAUGCUUUGAACACUCUGCAAGAUGUGGAGAAUUUCUGGUUUGAUCUGCAGUGCGUCUGCCUCAAUACGCCACUAGGAAUUGUCCGCCAUCCCCGUGCCAGGAGGAGUGGAACUCCAGCCGAUGAGACUGGCACCGCUCUAGAUGUGAUGCUAGAACAAGAGUCAGCAGCACACAAACACAAUUUGGAGCGCAAGUGCGCCAUGCUUGAAUACACAACAGGACGCCGAGAGGUGGAGGACAAUGGUUCAGUCCCUGGAGAUGGGCUUGGUGCUGGCGGCUUGGAUUCCAGCUUUUACGGCCAUUUGAAACGUAAUUGGAUUUGGACCAGCUACAUUAUUAACAAGACCAGGAGGGAGGAUGCCGUUUCUGAAGUUGGCCACGCUGUCAGACUCCAGACCUUCCUGACCAAGCGUUCCCUGCCACUUGCCACUAGAGGUAGCAACAGCUCUGUUUGGGGAGAUGGGCUGGUGGGUCCAGAGCCUGCGGUACAGAAAGAAGACUUGGAGGUUGAAAAAGAAGCAGGACUGAACAGAAGCAAGAGAGUGCAGGGUGGGAAAAGCCAGAAGAGAAAGCGUCUUAAGAAGGACACAGUGAAGAAGACAAAGAAAAAGAAAGAAAAAAGAGGGAGCACUGCAGGGGCAGAGAGCAAAAGGCUACGUUACCAUGAUGAAGCAGACCAGAGUGCUUUGCAGAGAAUGACCCGCCUACGUGUCACAUGGACCGUGCAGGAGGACAGCCUGCUGAUACUGUGUCGGAUUGCAAGCAAUGUCCUCAAUGCCAAAGUGAAGGGGCCGUUUGUCCCAUGGCAGGUGGUCAGAGACAUCAUGCACAGCAACUUUGAAGAGUCGUUGGAUAAGACAUCUCAUUCUGUCGGGCGGAGAGCUCGCUACAUUGUCAAAAAUCCCCAGACCUACCUCAAUUACAAGGUUUGCCUGGCUGAAGUCUACCAAGAUGGAGCUCUAAUUGAUGACUUCACGAGCAGGAACAGCAACUAUCAGGACCCCAAGGUUUGUGCAGAAGAGUUUAAGGAGUUUGUGGAGAGGCUCAAGGCAAAGUUCAGCACCACAUUGGGGAGCCCCAGGCCAACAAUUCCAGACACCCUGGAGGAACUUUUCCACAGGUACCGAGUUCUGGCCAUUGGAGAUGAAACAAACCAGAAGAAGAAGGAGGAUCUGCUCAGCAGCAUCUCCGACAUCCACUUUCUGGUGCUGCAGAAUCUGAUUCAGAGCACCUUGGCCCUCUCCGAUAACCAGAUGAAGUCCUGCCAGUCAUUUCAGACCUUCCGCCUCUAUCGGGAGUAUCAGGAUGAGAUCCUGGUGAAAGCUUUCCUGGAUUGUCAGAAGAGGAGCCUGGUGAACCGCCGCCGGGGCAAUCACAGCCUGGGGCCCAAGAAGAGCCGGGCACUGCCCUUUGUGCCAAUGUCCUAUCAGCUCUCCCAGAGUUACUACAGAGUGUUCACAUGGCGAUUCCCGAGCACGCUCUGCAGUGAAUCGUAUCAGUUCCUCUUGAAACUCAAGGAAGCUGGAGCGCAGGACCAAGUUGCUCGCUUUUCUUUCAAGGACCAAGAUGACUCCGUUUCCUCUGGAAUGGUGACCUUUCCUUUGGAUGGCCCUGGAGGCUACUGUGCCACAGUCCUCGCCCUCCUCUCCCUUGGCUUGGUUUCUGUGGAUGUGAUCAUCCCCGAGCAGAUAGUGGUGGUUGACAGCACCUUGGUGGAGAAUGAAGUCAUUAAAAGCCUGGGGAAAGAGGGGCUGGAGGAAGAGGAGGAAGAAGAGGAAGAGGACUUGGAGGAAAGUGUGACAAAUAAGCGGCAGAUCGAGGUGAAGGCUCGUCAGGCUUCACACACCAACUACCUUCUCAUGAGAGGCUAUUAUGCCCCAGGCAUCGUCAGCACUCGGAAUCUGAGCCCCACAGACAACAUUGUUGUAAAUUCCUGUCAAGUGAAGGUGAAGCUGAGACAGACCCCUGCCCAAGGCAGCCUCUUGGUCCAAGAUCCUCUAGAGCUGGAGAACCUGCCAGUUGGAGCUUCCUGCCUUCCUAAGUCCUUCACCAGACUUCUCGAUGUCCAGGAAGAGGAUGAGAUGAGGCAACUUCUUCGUUCCAUGGAGCAUUUCUCUUACAGCCCUGGAGAUAUUGCUGCAGUCCUUGAGAUCUGCAGAGCCAUAGAGACAGCUUCCCACUUUGGGGUGACAAGGGUGGAUCUUGCCACGCAGCUCCAGCAUUACGAAGUGCCUGGUGCUGGGCGCACUCAACUCUUGCAGCAGUAUGUUCAGGACCUUCUUGAUUGGGAGCAUGUGUUGGAAGUAGGGGGCCACACCACCCGGCUGGUGGCAAGGAGAUUUGCUAGCCCUUGGCUGUUGCAUUCGGUGUGUAUCGAGGAUGUCAGCAAAAGGCUGCAAGGGAAAUACUCCAUUCUCGUGAAGGACCCUGUUGAGUUAAGGGAGGAGGAGGAGGGGGAGAUGGAGCUCAGUAGGUCAUCUUCAUCUGCUUUGGCAGAGGAAGAGCCAGCAAGGAAAAGGCAAAAGUUGGAGGAGGAGGCGGCAAGUCUGCAUGGAAAAGCUGCUGCCCACAGCACAGAGAGGUGCCUGGAAGGAGGUGCACCACUCCUGGAUGCCAGGCGUGUGUUGACUGCAGAGCUGCAAGAAGGAAACACUGUGCAAGAGGCGGGCUCCACACAAGACUGCAGAAUGGACACUGGGGGAAAGGAGGGGACCCCUCUCUGUGGGAAAGAGGCAGCUGUGCUGAGCAGCCAGGAAACCGCAGACUAUGAAAAUUGUGCUGGGGAACCACAUACGGCUAAGUUGCCACAGCAGGAAACCCUUGGCAACUCCAGCGGGAAGGUAUUGUCGGCUGAAGACGGAAGUGCUGGAGGGAACGCCUACUUUGUCGGGCGUCCGUGGCGUAUCGUGGAUGGCAGCCUGAACAAGCCGGUCUGCAAGGGUAUUAUGGAGGGUGUGCUGUGCCAUAUCAUGACCAAGCCUGGCAUAACAGAAGCAGCCCUGCGUCACCACUACUUGGGCGUCCUGCAGCCAGUGGCUCUGCUGGAAGUACUGCAGGGCCUUGAAUCUCUGGGCUGCAUCAGGAAGUUCCACUUGAAGAAACAGAGUGCACCCUCUCUCUUCUCAAAGCCUAUACUUGAGGAGGUGGUCCCCAGCCCCAAACUGAGCAACACCCCAACAGUCUUCUAUGAGCCUGCCAUUGACUGCACCCUGAAAAUGGGCAGGGUCUUUCCCUACGAACUGAACUGGAACAAGUGGGUGCAGGUGACUCACUUAUGAGGUCUCUUUUGUACAGUAGAGUGAAUUCACUUGUGUCCUUUUUUUAAAUAAAGUGAUGGGUUCUGUAUUCCCUCCCCCCU